AGAAGAAGAAAAAUGGCAAAUUUUGUCCUGCAGGUUCCAUGUACGCUAAGGAGCUUCACUGUGUCUGCUUCAUCAAACUCCAACGGAGCUCCUCCUGGUGGUUCUGGAAGCAGUAGUGGUGGUGGUGGGGGACCUGUGAUAUUGGAGCUUCCUCUUGAUAAGAUAAGAAGGCCUCUGAUGAGGACCAGAGCAAAUGAUCCAAAUAAAGUUCAACAACUCAUGGAUAGUAUCAAAGAAAUCGGUCUUCAAGUCCCUAUUGAUGUGCUCGAGGUUGAUGGAAUCUAUUAUGGUUUCUCUGGCUGUCACCGCUAUGAGGCUCACCAGCGCCUUGGCCUCCCCACCAUCCGUUGCAAAAUUCGCCGUGGUACAAAAGAGACGCUAAGGCAUCAUCUACGCUAAACAGUGGAUCAUUUUAUCAUUCAAAGUUGGUACCUGCCGAUUAGAAUGUCUUACUUCUCAAGAAAUUGUGAUUCCAAUGGAUCAACUUAUGAAUGAUCGUAGGUGUACUGUGCUCAGUUGUAUGUAUAUGUAUAUUAUAUAUAUAAAGAUGCAAAUGUUUCCUCUCAAUUACCAAGAGGACAGUGCACUAUUAUCAAAUAAAAGAUUGAAAAUUCAUAAUCUGAU